CACGUUAUCAAGUCUUUGCACACGUAUGAAUAUUGUAACUCUCAGUGCGUUUUACUCGAACUGGGAGGUAUUUAGGGAUUGUGUUCCACAGCGCGCACAGGAUGCACUAACCAGACGGAAGACGAAUUACAUAGUCACCACCGCAGCUAUUAACGGGGAACGAGGAUACAAAGCUAUUAGUAGUACAAGCUUGUGGUAAACCAUGGGAAAGUUUUCCUCCACAAUUGUGCCCACGACAGAUAAACAGCUACCAACGAGGCGUCGGAAGGGAAGUUCGGACACGCCGUCAGCUAAUGCGCUUCGCGAGAGGGUCCGAGCGCAGAAUAUGAAGAGGGCGUACUUAAAACUGCAGAAAACGCUGCCUCAAGUUCCACCUGAUACUAAGUUACCGAGGCUCAAUAUCCUGUUAUUGGCGAUCGAUUACAUCUCUCAUCUCCGCGAUGUGCUGCAUAACGGUACGUGCGAAGCUGAAGAAGACUCUUUGCCGCACAAGGUGGAGGAUAAAUGUGGCAUGUUCCGUCCUUUCAUUGAGGUAAGAGCGCUCUUUGUAAAUGUCACAAGCAUCAAAAUUCUUCUGAAAGUGUACAUUACCUUCCCUUGAUCUCGUGUUCACCUUAAUUGCGAUCAGGGAUAUGAAUGAGCGCUCAGCUCGCGAAUUUGUUAUUCAAGGAAAUCAUCUCUGUGACAAAAUGAAGUGCUAAACUCCAAUCACAACAGGCAUGUUUAUUUUGCUCCAAACGUCGGGGGUUCGUGUAAACAGUCUACGUUCGUGGUCGGCAACUUUUUAUAUUGACUGAUGUUCUUCGUUGAGUCUAACGAUCUUGACUGAAGCGUAAAUAACUACUUAUGUAAACAUUUUGUAGGGCAAUCAGCUUUCCGCGGCACUUUCAGGGCUCUCAAAAUGAGAAAACCAUGAGUAGUACGGCACGCUGCUGUAGAAUCUUAACUUUGUUCAAAACUUGUCGGUAAAAGAUAAAAAUUGAUGUUGUUAUGACUAAGAUGUUUCCCGUUUGACACAGGAGUUUUUUAAGCGAUGUUUCCACGCUUUCGUGACGAUGCAAAGAUAGGGAAAUGAAGAAGAUAAAAAAACACUUUGGAAAGCGACAAAGUUUAUUGAACUAAUGAGUUUUCAUUGUUUGAAGUUAUUCAAAACAAGAUGAUAUGAAAAAAGUGCGAUAACAGAGCUUUAAGACAUUUGGAAAAAUCAUCGAGAAAGUAGUUUAUUUUCGUUUUUUGAGUUUAUAUUUAGGGAGACAAAAUCAUCUGAUAAAUGGCUGGCGUUCAACGCUUUCAGUUUUUCACUACAAGCGGUUAACUUUGAAGAUCGAUCGAACGGAAAUUAAGGCGGAUUCUCAGGUAAUUUUCUUUAGCAAACCAGCCAAAUAGCCGAAUAUUUUUACGAAAGUCAUAGCAAAUCUUAGAAUUUGGAUUCAUGGACAUGUGAAUUACAGAGAGCGGAUAAACAAACUCCUGGCGGCAGAGUAUUUGAGAGAUGUAGUACAUCAGUUUUGACCCUUUUACCGCAAUGCUGUCACUCCUUACGCUACCUGGAAUGACGAAAAAAGAUUUUCCAUCGUCACAAAAAUAUGAUAUCAAGCAGAAAUGUGAUGAGGAUGAAGAAAAUGUAAAUCAAGUGGUAUUAUUUGAUUAAAUACCAAAUUCUCAAAGCUAAAAGUAUACAAAAUGUAGGACAGACUGAACGGAGAAUUGAUGACUAGAUCGUGGGAUUGAAAAGGUCAAGUAAUCAAAUAUGCUGAAGUGUCCACACGAAACAGCGCCAUUAUAUGACUCGACGAAAAUGAACCAACCCUUUUACACUAUUAGCUUCAUAAGAUAUAUUUCAAGAGAAGUACAUCUUAAAUACUUGAUACCAAGUUGUAACAUGCAAUACUGUUGUUGCAAUAAUUUUGGUGUCAGCCUCGUCGUAAAAAAUGCCUACAGUUAUGAUAAGGGCAAGGGUGGGGGGAGGGGUGGUGUUGGUCGGUACGGACCUCAGACCCUCCCCUCCUCUCCUUGGAUCCGACUCUGCAUGCUGAGAAGAAAGAGUGUUAAACAGUAAAGCGGAGAGGGAUUCGUGGCAUGGGGAUAAGGGAUAAAAGCUUUAUUUUCCUAUUCCUUUGUUCUUCGUCUGGUAUGAUGAACAAGAGAAACGAAGAACCAAUUAUUUUUCUCUCUACGAACAUAUUUAGAUAUGCAAUGUUCCUUUGCUCAGAAAAUAGUCUCAUCUCGAAGUUGUUAAUGUCAGGAACAUGGCGCUGACUUUCAUUGGGACGGGUUGCGGGCAAGGUGUCCUGUACUGUCCUCCGUCACCACAAGAAACGACUCACUAAAAUAAUGGAGGGCUUCCGAUCGGGGAACAGAGAGCCACAGUCAUGGCUUGGGCGAAGAUAUGUCCAUUGCCAUUUUUUAAUUGUCAUUUUUUCACGGUAACGGAAGUCCUCUCCCACAAACGUUCGCUUAGUGAAUGUUCACUCAUAUCAAACCAAAACAAAACAAAACAAAAAACAUUUCCUUUCCUUUCUGCAUCGACAAAAUUAUCUCCACACUGCAGCUUGUUAUAUUUUUUCACUCAGAAGAACUGAUCCAUGUCAUCCUUGUAAAACGUUUCGGUGAAAAGACUUCUUAAUUUCUUCAAGGCUAUCCAUGGGAUCCUGAACCAACUCCUGUGUACCCUCAUUUUUCUCUUGGAAUUGUUGACCUAGAAAACGAGAAGCCCCAUUUGAGUGACGUUAAGCGGACUUUCAUGGAGGAGGAGAAUAAAGUUAGUCAGUACUCUGCUUUUUCCAUCAAGUCCAACGGGAGAAGUGUGAGAUGAGCGUGCGGAGUCACGUGAAGUCAUGGGACGAAAGGGAGAUUUUCGUUUGCUUGGUUUUCCUGUUCGCCUUUACUUUACUCUUGGUCAACUCAAGGGAAAUGGAAAGACAGCCCCCCCCAUAGGCUGUGGGCUUAUCACGUUUUCUGACUAAUUUUCCUUGCUGGCUUUCAAAUUCAUGUAAUCUCACUGGACCUUUAAUUUUGUUCAUCUCUUUCAGAAAUGGCCAAUCAGAUGCCAGCUGCUGUCAGAGUUUUUGAGACCUCAACUUGACGAAACACAAACAAAACAACAAAUUACACUCAAAGAGAAGUGAACUGACUGAAAUAUGGUUUUGCGUUGUAGCAAAGUUCCCC